CCGGAUGUCAGCAGAACCGGUGGUAUAUAAGAGGUUCCUGUUGAUGAGCAGCUGUCAGUGGUCGAGCGUCUCUUGGUCCAAUAAGUUUUCCGUGGAAGCUGUUCAGCCGCCGUCGUCGCCAUGUUCAAACGACAGCUUCUGAUAGUUCUUUUGGUGGGUGUGUGCUUCUUUGGCGUCAUAUACGCCACUGGCUGCGAACCUUCUUGCAUUGAUACAGCAUUCUACGGAACCAAGAAAUGUCUACCAGCUGGCAGCAUGGUUGAAGACCCGAUGAACUGCACGCAGUACUACUUUUGCCUGUCUAACUGUGCAGUUAUGGAACAUCCAGUGCCCUGCGACGGAGCAACCUUCAACCCUGAUAGUGGCGCAUGCGAUGGACCGCCGGACUGCAAAGCCUCCUGUGACACAGGCAGCUGCCACCUCACCUGCAACGGGACGCUGGACAUGAUUAGCGACCCAAUCGACUGCAGCAAAUAUUACAUCUGCUUCCCGCACGGCAUCGAAGGACCCUUCACUUGCCCAGCCAGUGCGCCUUUUUUCAAUGGAGAAACCUGUGUGAUUGAGAACAGCGAGUGCUGCGAGGGAAGCUGCUUGCCUUUUUGUCCAUCGGCAGGCGUGCAAAUUCCUGAUCCCUUAGACUGUAAGAAGUAUUACAUCUGCGUUACAGGGGGGGAACUAGCAUCGGAAGAUUUCCAUUUCACUUGCAACUCUGGCAAUUUCGACAUAGCUCAGGGGCUAUGCUCAGACACCGCAGAAUGUAAAGUGUUAUGUCCGGGCGGUGUAUCAAUACCAUGAAAACAUUUUAAUAUGCAAAUCUGAAUAGAAUGCAUCUAUGUAUUUUUUGUAACUCUUGAUUAAUUGAGCUUAAAUAAACAUUGCAUAUC